AUGUUUAGAAGAGUCAUAGUAACAUCACCAAGAAUAUUUAAAGCAUCUCAACCGUAUUUAAGUAAUAUCAAAACAUGUUCACCUAUCCUUCUAAAUCGUUCAUUUUGUCAAAGCUCAUCAACUUUGAAAUUAUUUUCCAAAACCACUUCAUCAACUACCAUCAAGACCAAGCCUGACACUGUUGCUACUACUACUACAUCACCAACUAUAGAUCCAACAGAAAAAGAUUUCCAAAAUCAUCCAAUUUUAAAACGAGUGCCCAAAUUUCUUCGAUCUUAUACUAAACAAUUCAUUAAUGCACCAUUUUCUCAUUUAAUUUCAUUUCUAGUACUUCAUGAAAUAACUGCAAUAAUUCCUUUAUUUUCUUUAUGGUAUUUUUUCCAUAAUCAUCCUAAUUAUAUCCCAAUGGAAAUUCCAUCUUGGGCUAUUGAUCAAGGUGCUAAAAUAAUUGAUUAUGGUUUAUCAAAAAUCACUAAUUGGGAAAUCAAUUCUAAAGAUAAAAUGCUGAUUAUUAUUGAAGGAGCUUAUGCAUUUAGUAUUGUUAAAUUUUUAUUACCAUUAAGAAUUAUAAUUAGUUUAUCAUUAAUGCCAUGGUUUGCUCGAUGGUUUAUUGUUCCUAUAGUGAAUAUUUUCCCUAAUUUCACAAAAUUAUUAAAUUAUAAAAAAAUUAAACAACAACAAGAAAAGACAAGAUUUGAUAAUGCUAAAAUUAAACAUAUAGAUAAACCUAGAUUGUAA